CAGAUAGCCAUAAGCGGUGUUGCCAUUAAAAUAGAUAUUCAUAAAAAUGACUCCUGUUGUCCAGAAAAAUUAGAAAGAUUUCAAGUAAAUAAUUUAGGUGUGCUUGGCUGCUUACAAACAAAAUGGAAGAUAAUGAGAGAUAAUUAACAAUUAUUUAUGGUUCAAAGGGCCACAACUCUUAUAUAUGAGUAUGUUACUGAGGAAAACCUUCCUGCGACGGCAAUGCUUUGGAAAGAUAAGCAAGACAGUCCUGUUAGUGAUGUUGAUGGUGUCAGUGAUGAUCAACAUAUCAUUUAUCAUGGAGACUAACAGCAAACUGCAGUACAAUUCAAAACAAUCAGAUCCUUCAAAACAAUCAGGACUUUCAAAACAAUCAGAUGAGCUUUCAGUAAGCAAGAACUUUGGAAACCAUAAUGACAUACCAGUGAUACAAGAAGAGCUAUUUCCUUCUGUAAAGAUUGAUGUCUUGUCCAGUAAAGAAAGAGUCGUAGUUAAAACUGAUGGAAAAAUCGUAUACAAGAAAGAUGGUCUUGAUGAAGAUAGAGGAAUUCAUGUUCUUGUGCUUAACCAAGCAACUGGUGCUGUCAUGGCAACACGCUUGUUUGACACAUAUUUACAGAAAGAGGACGAGGCCAUGAUAGAGUUCUUAGAUUCAUUAUCUUAUGGCAGAAUACUGGUGUUUACCAUUAAGGAUGAAGGGACAUUCCAGUUACAAGACAAGGCUAAGAUGCGUCUAGGUGAUUACGGUAGUGAUGCUAGCUUUACUCUAUUCUGGAGGGACAUGUGGGUGUUAGUUCCUGUCAAGUGGAAACAGAGAAGGAAAGGUUUAGGGGAGAUGUUUUCAAGAUCUCCAGGUAUUGAUCAAUGGGGGGAGCCUGUCUCAUUAUCUGUUACUGUUGAUUUAGUCCCUGGUAAAGAUACUAAAUGUAAAUCAUGGCCAACGGAUGCAAUGUCUACAAGACGUGAAAGAUUCUGUGAUAUAUAUGAAGGUUAUGGUACAGUGUGUGACUGUGAUAAUCCACAACAACUGGAAUUUCCACCUGUACCUUUAGAGAAUGGCAAUGUGUUAGAUGUACCACUGAUUGUUAUUGCCAGUGAUAGACCACAUUAUUUAUUUAGAACUUUAAAAAAACUUUUACAGACCCCUGGUGUUCAAGCUGAUAAAAUUAUUGUGUUCAUUGAUGGAAUUCAUGAUGAGCCAUUAGAAGUAACACGGUUGCUGAAUGUAAAAGGUGUUCAUCAUGAACCCCAGGGAGAGAAAAAUGCUAGAAUCUCGCAACAUUAUAAAGCUAGUCUCACUGCAACAUUUAAUUUUCAUCCUGAUGCAGAAUAUGUGAUAAUUUUAGAAGAGGAUCUUGAUGUCUCACCUGAUUUCUUCAAUUAUUUCUAUCAGACCAAACAUUUGUUAGAUGAGGACCAAUCUUUGUAUUGUAUUUCAGCUUGGAAUGAUCAGGGUUAUGAACAUUCGUGCCAGGAUCCAGCACUGUUGUAUAGAAUAGAGACGAUGCCGGGACUCGGCUGGAUGAUGAAAAAAUCAUUGUUUAAAGAUGAGCUUGAACCCCAGUGGCCUGGUCCAGAUAAGCGAUGGGACUGGGACAUGUGGAUGAGACAUGAUGCUAUACGUAAAUCUCGAGAGUGUAUUAUUCCAGAUAUUUCACGCACAUAUCAUUUUGGCUCCAAGGGCCUCAACAUUAAUCCAUAUUUUCAAGAACUUUAUUUUCAAUCACAUAAAUUAUUGGCAAAACCAAAUGUCAAGUUAAAAGAUGUGGAUAGGAUGACAAAUGAGAAAUAUGAAGUGUUAAUUAAAGAAUUAAUAAAAAGUGCCACAGUAUUAGAUCAUUCCAAAAAUCCUUGUGCUGAUGAUUUUAUACCACAAAACACAGAGAUAGAAACCUAUGUAAUGUAUAUACACAUGAAAGAUGCAGUUGAUUUUGAGACAUGGAAACAGAUAGCUAAAUGUUACAAACUCUGGGAUUUAGAUGUCAGAGGUUUCCAUAAGAGUAUGUGGCGCCAGUAUUUAAAGGGCAAACAUCUAGUCAUUAUUGGUGCUCCAGCCUCACCUUAUGCAGAAUUUAAACCUGCAGAUAUCCCUCCAAUUGACCUUGAAAGUAAAGAACAGAAGAAAGAGGGAACUUGAAUGAAAUCCUUUAUGCUUAUUGUGGAGAUUAUAUUAAUGUUUUUUAUAUUGACUGUAUCAACCAGGAUUUUACAAGUGUUUUUUGGUUCAUUGCAUUUUUUGGUUAAGUUUAUCUAUAAGAGUCAUAAAGAUAUGCCAGUGUUAUAUUUAGAUUUUGAUUUCAUCUUAUUAGUGAAUAGAGACAAAAGUGUUAAAUAUUUAACUUUUGGUGCAUGUUAUAUCUUUGAGUCUAUAGAAACAUUUAUGUUUCAAUAACAAAUAUAGUUGUUCCUGUAAGUGAGUAGAAACAUUCAUACUCCAAUAAGCAAUUUAGUUGUUUCUGUGAGACUUUAGAAACAUUUAUGUUUCAAUAACCAAUUUAGUUGUUUCUGUAAGUCAGUAGAAACAUUCAUACUCCAAUAACCAAUUUAGUUGUUUCUGUAAGUCAGUAGAAACAUUCAUACUCCAAUAACCAAUUUAGUUGUUUCUGUAAGUCAGUAGAAACAUUCAUACUCCAAUAACCAAUUUAGUUGUUUCUGUAAGUCAGUAGAAACAUUCAUACUCCAAUAACCAAUUUAGUUGUUUCUGUAAGUCAGUAGAAACAUUCAUACUCCAAUAACCAAUUUAGUUGUUUCUGUAAGUCAGUAGAAACAUUCAUACUCCAAUAACCAAUUUAGUUGUUUCUGUAAGUCAGUAGAAACAUUCAUACUCCAAUAACCAAUUUAGUUGUUUCUGUAAGUCAGUAGAAACAUUCAUACUCCAAUAACCAAUUUAGUUGUUUAUGGGAGUAUGUAGCCAAUAACUAAUUUAGUUGUUUCUUGAGUCUUUAGAUAUGUUCAUGUUUCAGUAGCCAAUUUAGUUGUUUCUGAGAGUCUUUAGAAACAUGCAUGCUUUAAUGACCAAUUUACAGCUUGUUAUUUCCAUAAUUUCAUGAGAACAUUCAAGGUCAUUAACAUUUUAAUAUGCUAGUGCAAUACCCAAUUGUGUUAUUGAAUAUUGCUUUAUUUUGUACAGUCCCAAAUUUAUUAAACACAAAACUGGGGAUGUUAUUUUUUCUCUUUACAAAAUCAUAAUUUAUAGAGAUAAUAUGCAAAGAUAAUUAUUGCUUGUGUGGUUAAAGUCACUAGUCAUUUUAUAAGCCUUCACAUUAAUAUGGCAGAUGAAAAUAUUUUUUGGAUAUAUUGAAAUAUUCUGUUUUCCUGGUUUUGAAUAAAAUUCAGAUGUAUUACACUUUCGAAUGAACAUUCAACAAAGAUUUUGAAGUUAUAAUGUUUAUAAAUAGUAUAACGUUUAUUUGUUUCUAAGGCAGCACAAUUCACUUAAUUAGGUUUUAAUGAAAUUAUUUUGAUACAUUAUAAAUUUAAGCCAACCACCUGUCUUAUUUUUUUAUAAAAUGAAGAAAAACAUUUUGCAUUUUUAUGAACAUAUGUUUGUGAUAUACUAUGCAAUAUAAAUGUUAUCCAAAGUGUGUUUAAAGUGUAUGCCAAAGUUUGUAUUUGUCUAUCAGUGCUAUUUAAAUAUUUUUGAACAACACAGUUUCUAUUAAUUAUUUUAUUGAUAAAUAUUAUACAAUGUAAAUGGUACAAUGUUUUUGCUCUGUUUAUUAUCAUCAAAGAUUGAUCUACAUUGAAUAUCCACCUGUUUAGUGUGUAAGUCACUCAUUACUAAGAAUCAUAUGUUUUCUAUUGAUCAUGUCCAUUUACGUUUCAGAAAGGGUGUAGACUUUGAAUAUUAAUUCAUUACGAUGAAUAGUUCAGUAUUCAAAGUUUUUAAAUAAUUGGUCAUUAAUUCAUGAAUAGUUAAAAAUCCUAAGUUUUUGAAUAUUGAUUCAUUAAGAUGAAUACUAUAGUAUAUGAAGUUAAUGAAAAUUGAUUAAAUUAGAUAAAUCAUGUAUACAUUAGAUUAUUGAAUAUUAAAUUCAUUAAGAUAGUUAAGAUAUAAAAGUAAAGUGUAAUAUAUUUAGUUACAAGAUAAUAAUUAAGAAUGUGUAAUAUGUGUAAUACAUUAAAGUAUUGAUAAUGAAUUGUGCUAUAGAUUUAUAACUACAGUGGCCUUAAAAUAGUAUUUAAGAGAUAU